UACAAUACGAAAUUUGUCUUCUUUUUAAAAACCUUUCUUCGUUAAGAAUAAAAUAGGUGACAGGCAAUGAAGGGAAUAUACCUACUCACCAUCGCCUUUUUGGCAUCUUGGACCAUAAUCACCGCGAGUAAAUUACCUAUUAUUUUUGAAAUUGAAGACAAAUGUCCAGUGUCAAACAUUUCCCCACUACCCAAACUAAUAUUUCACGAAACGGAUUGCACUAAAUAUUACGAGUGUAAAAAUGGUCAGAAACAAUUACUCUCUUGCAAAAUUGGCCUGUACUUUAGUAAAAGAUGGCUUGGUUGCGUCACACCGGAAAUUUCAGAGUGUUCAUUUUUGACCUCGACUCCAGUUUCAAAUCUUGAAUGUCCAGUACCAGAUACUUGCCCGCCGAAAUUAAUACCUAUCAAACAAGAUUGUAGUAAGUAUUACGAGUGCAAAGACGGUAAGAAGCAUUUACGUUCUUGCGGAGCCGAUCUAUACUUUAGCCAAAAAUGGCAAGGUUGCGUUGAACAGCAGGUUUCGGAUUGUGAACCACCAAAUGACAUUGAACAGUGUCCAACGACGGAUGCUUGUCCACCGAAAUUAAUACCUAUCAAACAAGAUUGCACUAAGUAUUAUGAGUGUAAAAACAGUAAGAAGGAACUACGUUUUUGCAAAGCCGGUUUAUACUUUAGCCAAUACUGGCAGGGUUGCGUCAGUCGGGAGCAUUCGGAUUGUCUCAUAACAACUUUAAUUCCGACAACUCAAACUCCGAUCCCCACAACUCAGACUCCGAUCCCGACAACUCAGACUCCGAUCCUGACAACUCAGACUCCGAUCCCGACGACUCAGACUCCGAUCCCGACAACUCAGACUCCGAUCCCGACAACUCAGACUCCGAUCUCGACAACUUCGACUUCACCAGAAUGUCCAUAUCCGGACUCUUGUCCGCCGAAAUUAAUACCUAUCAAAUCAGAUUGCACUAAGUAUUACGAAUGCAAAAACAGUAAAAAGGAACUACGCUUUUGCAAAGCUGGUUUAUACUUUAGCCAAUACUGGCAUGGUUGUGUCAGUCGAGAGAAUUCGGAUUGUUUCGAAAUUCCGAUAUCUCCGAUAAUUCCACCUGGAUGCAUAAACGGCGAUCUAUUGGAACACGAAUGUACAUGUACUAAAUAUUAUUUAUGCAUAGAGGGUUACAAAGCUCUAUUUGAGUGUCCGCCUGGCAAGCACUUUGAUAUUUCAACGAAAACUUGUCAACCAGGUACAAAUUGCCUUCAAGUAAUGGCAAGUCCGAUUUCGAAUCCGACUUCGAUUCCAAUUACAUCCCAGUGCAUAGAAGGUGAAUAUAUGCCUCAUAAGUAUGAGUGCAAGAAAUAUUACGAGUGCAAAGUCAAUCGGAAGAUCUUGCGUGAAUGCAACGAUGGAAUGAUCUUCAACGAGGCGUUACAAACAUGCAUUCUAGGUCAAUGUUGAGAUGAUCCGAUCGAAGGAUAAAUUUUUUGGAACAUUAUACGCAAUCGUAAGUUAUAUCAUUGACCAUAUAACCGAUCUCGAAUAAUCACGACAUACUUGUGCUCUGACUAUUCAAAUCAGAAUAAUUCUUGGGACAUAUAAAUUACAUACAUAUUAUUACAUUUUUAUGUUAUUAAUAUUUAAAAUAUAUCAAGUGCUGUAUUAAUCAUGUGUACAAUAUUAAUUAUAUCUAUAAUAAAAUUUCUAAAAAAA